ACUUUGUCAGUUCUUUAGAACGACUCACUAUUUUUGUUUACGCCUAGGGACACCCACUUUCGAAGUUAACUUCCAACGUUUCCCCAUAUAUAAAUUGUUUAGUUAGUUAUUAAAAGCGAAUCUGGUUAACCAUAAACUGUGUAAACCUGAAAAAAAUCACCACAUUUUCUAAUGGUAUUGUGCUUCUCUUAAAGUACGAGCCCAUAAACUUAUCAUAAUUUCUCCUACUGUGCGUUACCUUUCCUUUUUAAAGUGAAUAGUUAAGAACUUGAAAGUGAACCUUUUAGGAAAUGGGUUCUCUUGGGUCAGGCCCCUGGUUCACCAGGGAACUUGAGCAUUCUCACAGACUGACUAGUGAGAAAACGAGGGAGUUUUCUUUCUUGGUUUCAGAAACUAUGGAUUGGCUUAAUGAACACAUGUUAGAAGUUUCGAAAUUACGCUUAGAAGGAGACCUCUAUACAUUGGCUAAAACUCCCAAUAAAAUUAAAGAAAAGUAUACUACUCCGAGGCUAAGUCCAGUUCGACGAUGCGAGCUUCCAACGCCGAGAAUGCAGUUAUCGUCAAUACAACAACAAUUAGAAGAAGCUGCAGAAACAAAGGUCAAAGGAGAGUCUAGUUACCAUCCAGAGGAAGAGAAUGGACAAUCUAAUAAUAUACCAGAAGGUCCCCAUCCUGAGUCAAAAACAUCUGAAACUUAUGAGAAAAGCGACCAUAUUUCUACCUUACCAAAAUUACCCUCACUUAUCCUUGAUGCGAAGCCAGCGGAUCUAGACCCUGAACAUAAGGAUACUGAAAUGGAUAAGGAAGCCAAAGGAAAUGAAUCAAAGCAAGUUCCUUCACCUUCAACUGCUCAGCAAUUUACUGAAUGGGAUAUCCCGCUUCGUGAACCUUCCCCAUCUCCUACGAAGUCUACUGCUAGUUCAAAUAAACCAUUGCAAAAUAGGCAUCCUGCUUAUUCUUUCGUUCAUUUACCAAAACGAGAAGAUAUAUUAAAACGCCCUGCCUCUCUCCAAAAUAGAGCUGAUUCAACCAAUUCUUUUCUACAUCAGCUAAAUCGGCGAUUAACAAAAGAGAACUCAACAGCCACGACUAAUCCAGAGACGGAAUUCACAAAUACAAAUAAUCAGGUACCUCCAAAAUCAAGUUCUUCUCUCGCUAGCCCUUCUAGACUAAAACGGUUCCUAUCCUCUAUUACUUUCGGGAACAAGGACGACUUAAAUAAACAAGGAAAUGAGCAUUUUAUAAAUAAUCAAACAUCGUUGCCUAAACAAAACCCUCAUAAGCGUUCCUCAGAAGUUGUUGCUACAGAAGAUAAUGCCCCUAAAAAUACAACUAAGCAAAGGAAAACUUCUCCUGAGAUGUCUUCUUCCAAAGAAUUUAUUAUUGAUAAGCAAUUCUCUAAAAGCGUUGGUGUUCCUUCAAGAUCGGAACAAUCUGCAAGUGCUUUAGCCCAUGAUCAUCCGUAUCAUGACGAACAGAAGAUUGACAAACAAGCUGGAGACUAUGUAUCAUUAACAGAAGAUGAAGAAAGCCCCUUAAAAACUAAAUCAAAAUCUACACCAAUGUUUGAGAGGGCUGAGAAACUUCGUCAACAAAUUCAAGGUUUAGCCGGAAAACGGACAGAGGAACCUUCAACCCCUCCCGGAAUGAGAAGACCUGUUAGUGUUGUUCUUGAUGCUGCUAGGAACUCAGCUGCGAAAGAUUUGCAACUUGCAAAACUAAAACUAGGAGGAACAAUUCAUGAUUCGCCAAAAAAUCCCAAAAAAUCCCAUGUUAAAUCCGAAGUUCCAAAGAUACCUUCUAUAGCUCCAUUUACAAAGCUAUCAACUAAAAACUCUAUGUCUCAACAGAAAGGUUCAUUAAUAUCGUCCCAUUCUAACCCAGAUAAAGAUACCCAUGAGAAUGCAGUGGAAGCACGCGACGAAUUAAAUAAUGACUCUCAUCCUAAGACACUAGAGAAAUCAUUUGACAAUGCAAAAGAAACUCGUAAAUUAACUGAAGCCGGAUAUUUGUCCACUCAUAAUCAACGACCUAUGGCCAUUCGUGUUGCUACAGCUUCUCAACGUGAAUUGGAACAAACUGAAAGAAGAAAAGCUAAAGCUAAAUUAUCGUCAUCUUUAAUGCAAAUGCAAUCCGAACAUAAUAAUACUGAUAAAGAUUUACUGGGAACCUCAUCGUCUCUAAACACUAAUUCUGAUAAUAAUCGACGAUUUAUACCAAUGCGUCAAAUAAAGACUUCGAGUGUUACGAAACCUGAAAAUCAAUCAGAAGAUCAGAUUGAAACAAGAAAAUCAUUAGAAACGAAUGUUAAAGAUGAGUCCGUUCAGUCACAAGCACUACAUAAUGGUGAUAAACCAGACAGACUGGGAUCUAAACGUUUAGUGACAAGCACGGCAGGAUCGAAUUGGAAUAAUGCAAUGAUCAAAAGACAGGAAGAAUCAAGACGACGUAAACUUAUAGCAGAAGCAGCAUCUUCUAAGUCUAAACCCGGGCUGACAAGAGUUAUGUCAAAAUCUGCGCUACGUCCGACUCGUGAAUUAGUGGAAGAUAAGUCUUUGGCUUUACAUUACUCUCGUACCAAAAAAGUCGAAGGUGAUACGGUCACGUCUGUACCAAUUUCAGCCAGUAAUCAUAAGCUGAAUGGUGAACUGCAUGCUAAUGAUGAUACUAAGGGAUCACAAUUUCAGCCAUCUUUGUUAAACAAAGCUAACUUGAAGCCUCAGACCUUUAAGUCUUUGCGUCAAAAUUUCCCUCCACCCACAAAACCUAGCACCGUGAAAGAAAAAGUUUCUAUAACUACUACAACUUCUCUGGGCAAUAAGAAGCCCAUGAAUUCUUCUUAUGUUGAUCCUCCAACUGACAGGAAAUUAUCUGGUUCUCAAAAACUGCAAAAGUCACCAUUGCUCAAAACUCCCAAAACUAGCCAGCCUACCAAUUAUGGUUCGUAUUCUCCCAAUGGAUCUUAUGAACUACCUGAUAUUGAUAGUGAUUAUUUAGAUGAAAGUGAUGAUGAAGAAAGAAAGAAAAAGAUAAACUUACCAUCGUGGGCAGAAUCACCAGAACUUCGCGAGCAAUUGAAGCGACAGCAGAAGUGGGAUCCGGAUAAAAUUUUUGGUUCCAUAAAGCCUUUACAUAUGGAUGAGUUAUUCAAAUCGAAAGAUCGAAAUAAGCUACGUUUUCGACCAAGGAGUUCAUCCGCCGACUGGUCAUCUCAGGAUAGGCUAACUCAAGCGGAAAUUGACAACUAUAAACGGAAUAUGGGAUAUUUAUAAUUAUCUAAUUAGUUUUGGAGCCAGAUUUGUACAUCAUUAGUUAAAUGAGGUUAAUUGAUUCAUGAGAUUCACCUGAAAACCGAAGUUUUUAUUUAUAUCUAUAUAUAUUUAAUGCAAAAUCAAGUUCUACUUACCCUAAGGAAAGGAUUAAAUUUUACUGAAACACAAUAAAAUAAUGUAAAAAACUCGCAUAUGGCAUUCAUACGAGUCUU